AUGUCAGAAAUAGAAGUCAUGCUUACAAGUAUAAUGUCUAAAUUGGACACUAAAAGAGGCAAAGACGUUCCACAAAACGAUUUAUUAGGGAGAGUAGACCAAGAAAAAUCAAGAGCAGCCUCAUACUUAGACGAAAGCAUCUACGUUGAUGGACCAGUUAUUGUUGAACUGAGUGUAAACAUGCACUGUGAGGCCUGUGCAGAGCAACUCAAGAGUAAGAUACUCAAAAUGAGAGAAGAAGCAAGUAAGGUCCAAGAGGGAAAGAAUAUUGAUAAUAAUAAUAAUGAAAAGGAAGGAGAAAAUAAUGGUGAUGAAGUGAUGAUGAUCAACAAUGUAUGUGGAAGUGUUGAAGAGGAAAAUAUGAAGAGAAUGAUUCACUAUUAUCAGCCUCUUUAUGUGAUUGAACGAAUCCCAGCUCCUCAGCUUUUCAGUGAUGAGAAUCCUAAUGCAUGUUGCAUUUCAAAAUAUGCAUGCAUUAAUUGUGUUCAAGUUCUAGAUAUGAUAACACUUAAAGAAAAAUUAUUAACAGCUCAGAAAUAG